CACUACCCUAUCUGGAUCUAGGCUGGGGAAGUUCUUGCUCUGUCCUAAGCUGCAAAUAUUCUUCUAGGGGUUCUUCUGAGAUUUCCCUACUGCUGCUGCAAUGGCGGCAUUUCCUUGCAGUCAGACUGGGCUCCUAGCCUGGAUGUUGCUGCUGCUACUGCUGUCCUCAUCUGAAGUUCAAAGUGAGUGCUAAACUCCAGUUCUGCCUCCCAAUUCUUCACCAAGAGGAGGGGGAGACCUGGCACAAAGCUAUCCAAUUGGAACUGUUCUGCGAUUACAGUGCGAUCCAGGUUAUACACCUAAAUCUGGAACAAUUCGUUCUAUGACAUGUCUUGAUACUAAUAAGUGGUCAGAACUUCCUACACUUUGUGAAAGAAGACGCUGUACCAUCCCAUCUAUAGAUUUUGGUAACAUAGAAUCCACAGAUGGCCUCCUGCUUGGAGAUAAAGUAACCGUUUCUUGCAAUGAAGGGUAUAUACUGAUAGGUUCUCCCACCUUACGAUGUGUUUUGAGAUUUGGCAAAGUUGACUGGGAUAGAAGUCUUCCAUAUUGCAAAAGUAUUUUUUGUACUAGCCCUCCUUUAAUUGCCAAUGGAGAUUAUGAGGGUGGAUCUUCAGGUGAAUACCAUGUGUUCUCAGCAGUAACAUAUUGGUGUAAAGCUGGCUACUCCCUUAUUGGACAAUCAACUAUUGCAUGUAAAGUUGCAGAAAAUGGUAGAGAUGGAAUAUGGGAUUCAUCUCCACCCGAAUGCAAAAAGGUCAAGUGUCUUCGACCAAACAUCCCAAAUGGGAGAAUGCCAUAUGGGUCUCGUGAAACAUAUACAUAUCAGCAUAGCAUAUUCAUUGAAUGCAGUCCUGGCUUCACUUUGGUAGGGUCUUCAACUAUUUACUGUGAUGCUAAUAGUGAAUGGAAUCCUUCUGUUCCACAGUGUGUUAAGAAUUAAAAAAAUGCCCUGAAGAUGGCUGGAUAAGACUGGAAAAAAAACCUGGAUCUAAUUUUGCAUUUCCUGCAACUUAUCGGACACAGAAAAACAAUUGAUUGAUGAUGACUUCUAUAAAACAAUCUUUCUUGCAACAAAACAUUAUUCCAACAAAAUAUAUGCUUUCUCAUUCUCAAAUAUAUACUUAGAUAUGUCAUUGGGGGCAAUAAGGUUGCACAAAUGAUCACAUUUUUUAAAAAAUUGCUAACAUAGAAAACAAAAUAAACUUAGUGCACAUACCAAAUCAUGAAAUCAAAUAUUGAUGCCCGAUUCACAAACUAACUAACAUGUUAACUCUUGAUGAGGACUUGACUGUAAAUCAGAAAUCUUUAUUGCUACUUGUAUUAGCUUGGCUUCUGACUGGAUAGGAGACUCAGAAGCAGUGCUCAGGGUCUUUAAUACAGACUACAAGGCAACCAUGCAAAAUACGAAUUCACCACUGCCAGUGAGAACGCACACAUUACCUUUAAUCUCCACUGUAGUUUAAAAUGUUUUUUUUCCCUUUUUGCCAUUCUAUGAAUAGAUAAAAUCUUCAUUCAGUGUUUGGUAACUUUUGGGAAAAGGUCAGGCAGUAUUACAUAUUUACAUAAUUGCCAUCUCUGACUUAAGAAUCAUUUUUUUAUAUCUGUUAAAACCCAAGACUGUGAAAAGCCAUGGAGGAAGGAAGAUAGGUAGCUUGAAAUAUAUCAAAAAGCCCAGCUGCCUGAUUGUCAUGGCAGAGUUGCAACAAUUUACUCCUCCAGGAAAAAGGAAAUUAUAAUUGGUUGAGGUGUGCUACUAUUCCUGUUUUCAGGAAAUAGGAAAGAAGGUGGCAAAGUGUUUCCCUGUUUGUUGUGCAUGGUUAAAAUAUGGGAAAUUGGGCCCACCUGACCAGGAGCUGUGUAGGAUGGUGAUAAGUAUUCCAAAUUCUUAUAGUCUCUUUGAACUUCCAAAAGAUAGCCUUCAGAAAAUUUAAUUUAAAAUAAUACUUUAAUUUAAUUUAAUU